GUAACGUUCAGGCUGAGACGCAGCUUCGAAACCGCGUUAAAACGUCAUUGAUAAAGAAACAAAACGUUUACAGGUCUUUGCGUUUGUUUUCUCAUUAGAAGCGUGUACUGGAUAUUUAGCAGCAAUUGUGGACGUGUAAUCCUGAAAGCUUUCAGGAUGUUUCCAGCUGGUGGAUCAUUUCGUGGCUCCAGGGGAGCCUCUUUUGCAAAAAUCCUCAUGAAGAAUUUGCCUGCCUCACCAGGACGUGAAUUAUACCAACCUCUGUCCACCUCGGAUUCUCCUGACAAGGAUGUCUUUGACCAUCAAGGGAAAAAUACAUUUAAGCACGGUCCUGCUGCCAAGCCGACAGCUUCACCUGAAAUCCUGAUUGACAGAUACAGGAAAGGGGAGACGAACCCUGUGUCUUUGCUUCAUCAGCUUGCCCAGACUUUGCAGUUCCACCUGGAACUGAAGGAAACUGUGACCACAGGCAACAUAACAGGGCUUUAUUUUGCCUUUUGUGUGGUGAUUGAUGGGAUCGAGUACAAGACUGGCAUGGGAAUAACAAAGAAGGAGGCUAGGCGCCAAGCUGCGGAGCUCGCUCUGCAGGAGCUGCUGCCCACCUUGGGAAGUCUGACGUCUGUCCUCCCUGACGCAUCAGAUGUUCCUCCACCACUGCCAGUGAAAGAGGAGCCCUCCAUCUCCAACAUACAUUCUCAUAGAGCCACUCGUGACACAACGAGUUCUGUCAACCUCCAGAUUCCACACGCUGUCAGGGAUCAGCUCACCAAACUGAUGAACAGCCACCCACAGUUCUUUGCCUGUGCAGGCACCACAGCAGCAUUCAUCAUUCAGACUUCCAGCGGAUGCGAGGUGGUCGCUCUAGGCACGGGCAGCUUCAAUACCAAAGAGGACACCUCAGCGAGUGGGCGGAUUGUACACGAUUCACAUGCAGUAGUAACUGCAAGGAGAUCACUUAUGAGGUUCCUGUACCGGCACCUGCUGCUGUUCUUCAGCAAUCACGCCAAUUUGAAGGAGAAGUCCAUCUUCCAAAAGAACAGCAGCAGCGGCCUCCUCAGCCUGAGGAGUGGCAUCACCCUGCACCUCUAUGUGAACCAACUACCAAAGGGUGCCGCUCAGAUUCCCUCCACGCUGCGCCUGAACCCGCUCUCCAUUUCAGCAUGGCAAGUCAACAAUGAGAUCAGCCUGCACCUGUCAGUGGAGGGCAAGGUGUUCUCAGUUUUCUCGUCAGCCUUUGAUCACUCUGCCUCCAAGGCAGUCAGCAUGUCCGCCACAGACAAGCUCACUCAGUGGCAGGUGCUAGGAUACCAGGGAGCCUUGCUCAGCCACUUCAUCGAGCCCGUCUAUGUCCAAAGCAUCCUCAUAGGUGACCUUGGCUGCAGUGAUAUCCGUGGCAUGAAAAUGUCUGUGAGCCAGCGUGUGGAGGGGAUCACCUCCCAGCUGCCCAUGUUCUACUGCAUGAUGAGGCCCCACAUCAGCCUGGUGCCCUCUGUGGCUGCCAACAGCACCGACAAAAGCCAGUCGACCUACUGUAUCAACUGGUGCGAAGGAGACAGCUCUCUGGAAGUUGUGGAUGGCCUGGAGGGCAAGACCAUAGAGGAAUCCCCCUUUAAGAGUGGCUCUGCUCUUGCAAGCCGUCUGUGCAAAGCCGCGAUGCUGCACCGCUUCAAGUUGGUGGCCAAAGAGGCCCAGCGGCAGGACCUGCUGGCCACAAGCUCCUACAGAGAAGCCAAGAGGAUGGCGAAGCCGUACCAGGAGGCCAAGAACGUGCUGAGGGCGUACCUGUACAAACAGGGCUUUGGUUCCUGGCUGGUCAAGCUGUCGGUUAGUGAUAACUUCAGCAUGUAAAAAAAAAAGAAAAAAAGAAAAAACACGUUAUCACUGAAAGCCAUUGUGUUCAGAUUUUUAAAAUCAAGUUCAGUUUACAACAAUCAGUUGUUUCUGUGAGCCUUUACCAAGCUAGUAAGACAUUUCUGUUGUGUUUUCUGAAGAGAUUAGAGUUAAUCUCUGUUCAUGUUUAAGAGAGGUUUUGUGUUUGUGAACUCUGUUUGUGGUCUGUGACCCUCAGGGCUAGGUCGGGUUUUCAAAAGAGGAAUACAGAUACUUUAAAUUUGUAUAAAAGAGACAUUUGUAGAGGCAAACAACUUCUGUUGCAGCCCACUACAGACCUUAAUCAGGGUAAUAGUUAUUUUGUUCAUUGUUUUACUGUUGAAUUAUUUUAAAGUAUUACAUGCUUUUGUGUGUAAUCAUAAUGACCAUGUACAAUGUGUAAUCAUAACUUUGGUUUGCUACUUGUGAACUUCUCAUUAUGGCCCUGAGGGCUCUGGAGUAUUUAAGUUAAUGAGGUCAUGAUUGUUUCAUAAAAGACCUGAGUUUGGUCUCAAUAAGUUACUGUUUGUGUUUUCCACUCUUUGGAGAAAAUAACAUUUUUGGUCCAUAUUCAGCCGUUUGACU